AUGGAAAAAAAAAGCCGGAACAGGGAAAUUCCAGUAUACGAGGCAGGAGACAUGAUUCUGCGAGAGGACACCAGUAUCGAUGAAAAACUUCUUAAAGAGGUAGAAAUAUCAAAGACUGUUGUGGUGAUUGACAGUCCGUGCAAGGGAUAUCUCGAGCAGGUGCAGAAGGAGAUCACAGAUCUAUUCCCAGAAGCCAUAGUAUCUCUUGUAACAGAGAACACAAAAAUAGAGGCAGCAGAGAGUGAAAUAGAGGGUACAGUGCUGUGCACGUACACUGCGUAUGCAGGGAAGUGCGUUAUAGCAAAGGGAAAGAAGGACUUUAUAUUUGUAAAUAUAAGAAGAUCAAUGGACAAAAAAGAAAUUAUAUCCCAGAAUGAAAAGAGGGGGACUCGCUUUUACUUUGUGAGCAACGUGUACAAAAUAGAAAGCACGCAGGAUCUGGAGAGAGCUGGGAUAAAAAGAAUACUUCCAAUAAAAAACGGGUUUGGGCUGGCAAGAACACCCAUAGCAUUUACGCGCAGGCACGAGAUAGUGUAUGCAGGCGCAUCACAUCUCCGAAGAAAUGCAUUCAUCAUUGCACUUGAAAGAAACAUCACAGUGCCGUGCGUUAUAACUGCAGAAACAGCGGAUGAAGUGCAGGAGGUAAUUGAGUCAAUUGAAAGAGUAGAGACACUUAUGACUAGGCACACAACCGAGAUAGGCGAGUAUCUAGAGCGAAAGAAGUGGAUAUACAUUCUGACGCACGCAGACCUUUGCAAGAAAAUAAAGGAAGGUUUCCUGACAGAUCUGAAAAAAAUAACAAAAUCAUCCAUGGCGUACGGGGCCACAGACAAGACAGUCUAUUUAAUGAGUCUUCAUCAAAUAGCACAGAGUGUGUUUACUAUGGUGACAAGCAAGGAUAGAGGAAAGGCAAAGAAAAUUGUGGAGGUUCUGCCAAGAUACGGAAUAAUACUAGAGGAGGGAGCAGAGGAGCUAAAAAAGGCAUUCCAAAGUGAAAAGGAGCGGAAGGCUAAGGAAGCUGCAGAAAAAGAGAGUGACUCAGAGGAACACUGA